AUGCAUCGCAAGAAUGAUACACAUCCUUUCACCAUCUUAACUUCGAUAAUCUCUGAAACUUCAUCAAUCACAGAAGAUACCGUGAUCGGAAUCGGUAGAAACUCUUACAUUUUGAUUGAAUACACAUUAACAAAAUAUCAGAGGCCAAUUUGAGAACUGCUGUUGCUUUGAUGCUCCCCUCCCUAUUUUUAUCAGCUUGCCUCUGACGGCCAUCUUAAUUUUCAAACUUUAGUAUUUCAUAUCAGAAGAUAAAUAUCAAGAGCGGGAUCGGUGGAAAAUCUUAAAUGCCAAUUACUCACAUUCCACUAAAAUAUCAGAAGCCACUUCGCAAAUUCCACUUAA